AUGACCUACGGUGGCCUUCUUCUAGAAGUUUUGGGAUGUCCUGCAGCCGGUGAUCAUGCCGAUGUUCCACAAAUUUUACAUUGGGACCUUGGUGUCAUAACCCUUAUCCCCAAAGUAGUUGGGGUGACGGAUAUCAGAUACUUUAGGCCGAUCACAGUGAUUAAUGUGCUCGAAUGGAUUUUUGUGAAAGACUGUGCGACACGUUUGCCUCCUAUAGUGGAGCGGAUUGCUCAUCCCCUCCAGACCGCGUUUCUGAAGGGCCAGCUUAUCCACAAUGGGAUUCUGGCCCUUCACGAGAUUGUCCACGAGGUGGCGUCACGGGGUCAUAGGGGCGUAUUUCUCAAGUUGGACUUCCAAAAGGCAUACGACCGAUCGGCUGGAUUAGGUAUUAUUGCCUCGCAUCGCAUGAACGUCGCCCUCAUGUUGCAAUGGGUCUGGCGGAUCUUACGGGGAGACGGUGGCCUGUGGCUGCAGCUUCUUCAGGCAAAAUACCUAAGAGGCGAGCCUCUCCUGGCAUGCUCUCGCUCGGGUGGUUCCCAGUUGUGGAAAUCAAUCCAGCGGAUCAAGGAGGAUAUUCGUCUUGGGGUUUUCUUCUCUACAGAUGUUUUUAACGCAUUCAAGAAUGAAGAUGGGAGCUUUAGGGAAGAUAUUACCAAUGACCCAAGGGGACUUUUAAGUCUAUACAAUGCAGCUCAUCUUCUCAUUCAUGAUGAGCCAUCACUUCAAGAAGCCAUCUCUUUUGCAAGGCAUCACCUUGAAUUGAUGAGAGGCAGUCUCAAGUCCCCUUUAGCCGAGCAUGUUAAGCGUGCUUUUGACAUACCAUUUCCAAGGACCGUUAAGAGGGAACUCAAAUAUCUUACUAAGUGGUCGGAUGAUUUUUAUGGAUAUGUGGGGCUAAACUAUGUCUGUGACCGUCUGGUGGAGGGUUAUUUUGCACCAUAUGCAGUGUAUCAUGAGAAAAACUUCACCCUAUCAAGAAUAUUCUUUACCAAGCUAAUGGUGCUAAUGACCAUGAUAGAUGACACAUAUGAUUCCCAUGCUACCAUAGAGGAAAUUCGGCAGCUAAAUGCGGCCAUACAAAGAUGGGAUGAGAACGCAACUUCUCUUCUACCCGACUACUUGAAAAGGUUCUAUAAUGAACUCUUGAAGAUCUUUAAGGAUGCUGAAGAUGAAGCAUUCAUUGACACCUACCAUGUUGCCUAUGCUAGGAAAGCAUUUCAGAAAUUUUCUACUUAUCAUCUCCAAGAAGCCGAAUGGUCACACGAGAAUCACAAGGCAAGCUUUGAAGAUUUCCUGAAUUUAUCAUCCAUGUCCGUAGGUUUAGCGGGUCUGUCUGUAGUUUUGAUGGUUGGCAUGGGUGAUGAAGUAACUAAGGAAGCAUUUGAGUGGGCAACAAGUUUCCCUAAUAUCAUUAUAGCCGGCGGGAAGAUAUUGCGUCUAUUUGAUGACAUUGCUGCAUUUAAAGGUGAAAAGGGCAAGGCUGAUGUGGCAACCUGUUUGGAGUCUUACAUGGUCGAGCAUAGGGUCACAAGCAAGGUGGCCAUUGCCAGAAUCCAUUCACUGAUUGAAGAUGAAUGGAAAACAAUAAACGAAGCUCACUUUGAACAUGGGGCACCGCUCCCGGUGGUGAAGCGGAUUUUAAACUUGAUUAAUAGUGGGACCAUAUACUAUGGGGAUCAGAAAGAUGGAUUCACCUUUGGCAUGCAUCUUCAAAAGACUAUUGAGAGCCUCUUCGUCAACCCCAUUCCCAUGUAG